AUGGCGACGUAUGGAAUGAUUUUCAUAAUUUUAAUGUGGUUUUUGACACGAAUCACUGCUCAGGACGUGAUAAACAUAGCUCAGGGGAAGAUCCGCGGCGUCCUUAGAGACGGGUUCGUUUCUUAUCAAGGUAUUCCGUACGGCUCGAUAAGUGGAGUCAACGGAAGAUUUAAGCAUGCUGGACUCGCGCCUACGUGGACAAACGUCAGAGAAUCGAACGAGAUACAAUGCUACUCAAGUUCACCAGUCGAGGAUUGUUUACAUUUAGACGUCCACGUUCCGCAUGGGUCGAAUCUGCCGGUCUUGGCCUGGGUAACUGGAGGUAGUGGUCGGUAUAACCCCACGUUGCUGGUGAAGCAAGGAAUUGUCAUAGUGACUAUCAGGCACAGGUUGGGACCAGUAGGCUUUUUAUGUUUAAGCGAAGAUAAAGUCUCAGGCAAUGCAGGUUUAAAGGACGUGGUACUAGCUUUACGAUGGGUUAGAGACAACAUUAUCGCUUUUCAUGGAAACCCAAAUAAAGUUAUAGUAGCUGGACAAAGCUUUGGAGCUGCUUUAGUAGAAUCCUUGAUGCUGACACCAAUGGCUUCCGGGUUAUUCCAUGGGGCUAUUCUACAAAGUGGAACAGUUUUAGCCCCUUGGGCCUUUAACUAUGAUGCCGAAAAUAGAGCGAAAUUCUUAAAAAUGAAUUUUGACGAAAGUAAAGACAUGCACUUUUUAAACAAAGUUGGGAUUGCAGAUUUAGCAGAAAAAGCUGAAGAUCUCGAGGUUCCCUACUUGCCGUUUGGUAUCUGCAUAGAAAAACCGUUAAAAAGUGAAGAAAGAUUAUUAUCUCAGUCGCCUUUUGACAUUAUGUCGACUGGAAACAUGUCUAAAGUCCCGAUGAUAGUGGGGUACACUAAUAAUGAAGCGUAUGUAUUUGCUUCAAUGCUGAAAAGCUCAAAAGCUUUAACGAGAAUGUCUAAGGGAAUGGAAUUCUUGCUUCCGAGUGAAUUACAAACAAACAAAAGAGAUGUACCACAACUAGCUAACAAAGUCCAUGAUAUGUACUUCGACGGGAACAUGACGAUGGCAUCGCUGUUAGCUUACCACAGAGACGCCUACUUCUUAGGUCAUAUUCACAGGAGCGUACGCCUUCACGCUUCUUUUAGCGACUCUGUGUAUUACUAUCAGUUCUCCUACUUGGGGAAUGUGGGUGUGGAAGGAGAACCAGGCGUGAUGAAGACAGGCGCAGCGCACUCGGAUGAAUUGGCAUACUUGUUCCCAGCGAAGGGUGAGAAAUUAGAUGAUGAAGAUGGAAUAGUACAAGAGAAUAUUAUACGACUUUGGACAAAUUUCGUGAAGCAUUUGAAUCCAACGCCGGAAAGUGAACAUUUCCUGUGGGAGCCCGUAAAUCCUCAUGAUGUUCGGAUCUUGGAUAUUAACGUGGAUUUAAACAUGAUAGAAUUUCCUUAUAAAAGGAAAACGCAGAUGUGGAAAGAUAUUUAUGAGAAAUAUUACUUCGAAAACAGAAGGAACACCGCUCAGUCGAAUACUAAGAAUGCUAGUCCUAUACGAGCCCAAAGGAUUGAGGAAGUCACUGAAAUUCUCGUCGAAACUGAAUACGGGCUGGUGCGCGGAUUUAAAGAUGACAAUGAAAUCGUAGGAUUUUUUGAUAUACCAUACGGCAGUUUUAGUGAAGAAAAACCAUUCGAGGCACCGUCUGCGACUAACAGUUGGAGUACUGUUCUCGAAAACACUGAGCAUAAAUCCAAAUGUCCUCAAAUUGAUUCAGAAAACAACUACACUGGAAGUAGCAAUUGUCUCACGUUAAGCAUUUUUCUACAAAGAAAUACUGAAAACGCCGAUGUUCUUUUCCACAUUCACGAUGGCUCAUCGAAUACGGGUAGUGGAAAUCCCUUAGAAUAUCGCCCAAGACACCUGGUUCCUAAAGGAAUAAUUUUAGUUCUGCCAAACUAUAGAAUUGGACCGUUGGGAUUUUUGUGUUUACAAAACGAAACUGCACCUGGAAAUGCUGGCCUUAAAGAUUUGAAUCUAGCUCUUCAAUGGACAAAGAAGAAUAUUAAAGCCUUUGGAGGUAACGAUUCCAACAUUGUAAUAAGCGGAUCCGGUGGUGGAGGAGCGCUGGUCGAAUAUUUAAUUUUAUCGAAUCAGUCAAGGGCUUUGAUUUCGAAAGCAAUUACAGAAAGUGGGUUUGCUUUGUCUCCGUGGGCCUUAGACCGUAAUCCGUUAGAAACAGCGAAAAGUUUAAUACAGAAUAUAGAUGAAAGUGAAAAGAAUGUUGAGUCAGAAAACAGUUUUAAUAUUUUCGAUACGAUAAAUUUAGAAACAUUAAUGAGAGCUGCUCGGGGUCUACUAUUAAAGCCAUGUAUUGAAAACGAUACCGGUUUGAUCACAGAAACACCGUGGAAUACUUUAAAUAACGAAAUGUUGAAAAUAUCAAUAAUGACAGGAUCAGCAAAUCAAGCCGCUAUGGAUAUGGCACUAGCCCACACUGAAGAAAGUUUGUCUCAGUUAAACAAAGAUUUCUCUCAGUUACUACCAAGUGAUCUUAAAUUUGAUAAUAUUGAGGAAAAAAACCGAAUCGGGGGACAAGUACGAUCAGAAUACUUUGGAGAGAAUAAUAUCACAAUGAACGAUAUGGAAACGCUUUCACAGUGCUUCACCGAUAGCCAGUAUUUGUAUCCUGCUAUAAGAGGAGCGAGGUUGCUAGUAAAAGGAGGAGCUCAAGUUUAUUUUUAUGAGUUUUCUUACGGAACUCACAAUGACGUUAAGGGAUCUGCAAAAGGCGAUUCUCUAAAUUAUGUAUUCAGCAAAGAUGAAGAAGAAACCACAAUAUCGAAUGUAAUGUUGGAUCUAUGGGUCAGUUUUAUCAAAUCUGGGAAACCAACAACCGACAAAAUUGAAUGGAAUCAUUUGGAGGCUGUCAAAGAAACUGAGGAAGUCUGGCUGUCAAUUGGGGAUACAGUGGUCGUGGAGAAAGGGUAUCAUCAUACACGAUUAAAACACUGGGACGACAUAUACAAAAAGUACUUUGUCGAGCACAAUAUAGCAAUUAAAUUAAAUUCUGCGAUUUACACAACAAUUCUCGGCUCUAUACUUUUGACGGAUAUAAGUAACUUUUUGAAUUUUUAA